UCAGUGGGUAGAAUGAAAAUGCACCAGCAAGUUUGAAUAUGAGGCACAGUAAUGACAAAACUCAGACGAAUGCUCAUCACAGCCAGGUAGAUUUGCUACCUGUCACUUCCAUCUAAGUGGGGGGCGUUUCCAUGGUUGGGGCGGGACGACAAGGGAGUCCAAUGGGCGUGUGGCACGAUGAUGCGCUCCCCAGAGGCCUUGCCUCCCUUGGGACCGCGCCUGCCGCAGUGGACCGAAGUUUGUGUGGGCCACUUAGGAGGUGAGCCUGCCAGACGGCACAGACUUUCCCAGUGCAGAAUCAGCGAGAUGAAGAGCAGCGUCGACCCGUCAUCAUGUGCUCUAGGCUCCCAAGGACCGCCUGCCUACUGCGACUCAUUGAGCUCUGCAUCCUCCUCUCGCACACUGCAGCAUAUUUUGGGCUGACAGGCCGAGAGCCCUUGGUCUUUUUGCCUGCCCCGUUCUCCAAUGAACCCCCAACGGGAAAAGCUCACCUAAAACAAUGCGAGCAGAUGACACUGGCCCGUAGGCAGAAACGACUGUGUCGCCGCGAGCCGGGUUUGGCGGAGACGCUGCGUGAAUCAGUGCGCCUCAGCCUCUUGGAGUGCCGCUAUCAAUUCCGGAACGAGCGCUGGAACUGUAGCUUGGACGGCCGCGGGAGUCUUCUGAAAAGAGGCUUCAAGGAGACGGCCUUUCUUCUUGCGGUGUCUUCAGCGGCAUUGUCCCACGCACUAGCAAAAGCUUGCAGCUCAGGCCGAAUGGAGAGGUGCACGUGCGAUGACUCCCCAGGAAUACAGCAUCGCGAGGCAUGGCAGUGGGGGGUCUGCGGUGACAACUUGAAAUACAGCACCAAAUUUCUCAAGAAGUUCUUGGGCCAGAAGAGGGUCAGCAAAGACCUGAGGGCGCAGAUCGACUCCCACAACAUUAACGUUGGAAUCCGGGUGAGUGAGUGUUGACAUGUGCAUAAGCUCAAGCAAAACAACAAGAAGCCCAUUAAGCAUUUGUGAGUGACACUAUUGUGGCAUAAGUUAAUUUUUUCAUAAGAGAAAGGUGUAAGCCUAUGCCAGUAGUGAGUAGUUUCCUCCCAAGCAUCAUAAACAUAUCAGCCAAUAACAACUCACUUUUAGACCUACCAGCAGAAGACAACCCCAACACUGCUUACCAUACAACGCACUCUUCAAACAGAGGCAGCAGGGACUGUGUGACUUUACCAGGUCUUGCACUGAGUCCUUGCCCAUAUAUCUCAUCCAGUGCCAGUAGUCCACUCCCCCUGCAUGGUGUCUCCCUUCCUGUAGCCCUGGUGGAUAGAUAGCUACUGGGCCUGGGCUGGUUGAGGCUGAGGGAGGCAGCAAGUACCAGGGAUAGGAGAGGAGGCUGUCAGAUCCCUGUAGCCAGGUGUUCCAAGGCAGGCAUGAUAAAGCUUGCUGUGCGGGCCCACAGAAAAUUAAAGGUUUCCCGUCAGAGAGAACAAUUAUAACUGUUGCCUCUUUUAAUAUACGAGCAAGCAUUUUUUCCACUUACUGUAUGGCGCUGAACUAUGCUCUUCUCCAUAAAUCCACAAUGUUCAUACGUUAACACUAUGUGUGUAUUUCUGUGUGUAGCUUAGACACAGCCAGCCCCAAGGCUCUUCCCCUUUACCUUUCAAACUGAGGCAGCAGGCCCUUCAGAGGGAGAGAGGGAGAGAUAAAAACAACAGGAUGAACUGAAGUAGUCUAUCUUAUCUUAUCUUUAUUGAGUGUGGUGUUUUCCUCACCUUCCACCUAUCCAGCUCAGUAGAGACCCGGAGGUGGUUGUUUUUUCACAACACCCCCCUCUAACCCUCAUCCCUCAGUAAUGUUCUGAGAUGCCCCUGAGGGGUUCAUACCUGUGUAGGGCGGAACUCGGCAGAACUCUUCAACCCUGAAGUAGCCCCUGGGUCUCCCCCUCCCCGUAAGGAUGACCCCCAUGCCGCAUGACCUGUCUCUGGCCCCCACCCAGUUAGAGUCUCUCUGGCUGAGUGCCUCAGCGCUGGUACCCCCACCCCACCACCACCAAGCUCAGUGAACUUUUGAACGAAGGCAGGACACCAUCCUU